AUGAGAUCCCCAGCAACUCUCAAUGACAUCCGACAUGGUAUAUACCCAAUCCCCGCAUGGAGUUAAUUAACUCAUCCUCCUCCACUCGAGACUUACACAUUUCACCAGUCGAGACCCUCGUCAUCGGAGCCGGCAUCUCAGGCUUAUCAUGCGCCUCGAAACUCUUCCAACAUCCCUUCUAUAGAGAAAAGGACCGUCUCCUGGUACUCGAAGGACGAAACCGUAUCGGUGGUCGUAUCGAAUCUGUAAAUGUCUGUGGUAAUCGUCUGGAUACUGGAGCCAACUGGAUCCAUGGCAUUGGAACGGAUUCGAAACCCAAUCCUUUGAUGAAGAUUUUGCCGGACAAGAGGGUAAAGCAAUUGUCUGGGUCGGUCGUCUUCAAAGCGCCAACUGCCGAUGAGGAGGAUGAGGAUGUGGGUGAUGGAUGGGUUCGGGUUUCGAAAUCCGAAGCAUCAUGGAAUGAUCAAGUGAUUCCAUCUGAAAUUGGAGGCAUCAUCUCCUCAUCUCUAUGGGGUCUCGUCGGCUCGCUGCACGAGCUAGCAGCUACAGCUCCUCCCGAAGAAGCGAAGCAGACCACGAUGCUCAAAGCAAUCACCAAGACCGACGAGUUCCGUUCCGCGUACGAAAAGCUUCCCAGAGAAUAUCAUCAAACUUUCGGUGCUCUGCUGCAGUCCAUUGAGAAUAUGGAAGCCGCUCCGCUAAGCGCUCAAUCUGCAGAGCAAGCUAGAGGUCGCGCUGGGAUGGGGCUGCUCGAAUUUGCGAUUGAUGAUUUUGAGGGCGAACAGGUCUUUCUGCAGGAUGGGUAUACUGCUCUUGUUGACGAGGUUGCUAAAGAUCUCGUCGCUGCGGAUCUGAUCAGAUUGGAGACUGUGGUGAAGAGGAUUGACUGGAGCGGCAAGCCAAUCGUGAUAGAGACGGUAGACGGAAACAGAUUCUCCGCGGAUAGAGUCGUCAGUACCCUCCCAUUGGGACUUCUACAGCAUCCGUCCUCCGCUUCUCUGUUCCAGCCGGCUUUACCUUCGGACAAGCGUGGGGUCGUGGGAUCCGUGGGCUUUGGAACUUUAGAUAAGAUCUUCAUGGUCUACAAGGAACCGUGGUGGAUAGAGAAGCCCUUCUCCUCCAUCGUUGAGCCGGGCGUCGUCAGGAAACCUUUCUCUUCAGGCAGCGAUUCCACCAAGCCACCAGACAGCCUAAUGGGGUUCACAACAGAGCUUCCUGGUAUGGAGAUCCAUGCCGACGGCAGCACAUCCUCCGGUGCACGCAGUCUCUCCAUGAUCAACCUCCACAAUCUCACCGGCUUUCCGGUCCUGUCUUGCUUCGUGUCUUGCUCCACCGCGACGCAGAUAGAAUCCAUGUCGGAUGCGGAAGCGGGUGGAAUCAUCCAUCGUGCCCUCACGAAUUGGCUGGGCCGCGAGCCUCCCAAGGCUGAAGCAAUACAUGUCACUCGCUGGGCACAGGAUGAGUUUUCCAGGGGAAGCUAUAGCCACAUGAUCGCCGAGUUGACGGAGGCGAGCCACCGCGACCGGCUUGCACAGCCGAUGAUCAACGAUCGAGGGGCAGAAUUCCGCUUUGCUGGCGAACACACGAGCCGGGACCAUUUCGCUACGGUGCAUGGAGCUCUUUUGAGCGGCUGGCGAGAGGCCGAUGAGAUAUUGAAACAGGUUGAGCGAGUUGGCUAG